CAUAAAUUUUCACAAUCUCUCUAUUAAUAUCUUUUCCUUGAACACUAAACAGUCAAAAAGUUAUUGUCUUGACUUCUUCUCUCAAGAAACCCAAAAGAAAUCAUGGGUAUUCGAUUUCCUACCAUUCUGGCUAAGAAAAUUCUGAGGCGAUCUUCGACAUCUAUAGAUGUAUCCAAAGGGUUCUUAGCAGUAUAUGUUGGGGAGACUGAGAAGAAGAGAUUUGUGGUACCUGUAUCGUAUAUCAACCAGCCUUCAUUCCAGGAGUUGCUAAGCAAAGCUGAAGAAGAGUUCGGUUUUGAUCAUCCAAUGGGUGGUUUGACAAUUCCCUGUGGAGAAGACACUUUCAUUAGUGUUACUUCCCGGAUAAACAGAUUAUGAAGUUAUCAAAACAAAGCUUCAUAGACAAUUUUGUAUAGCAGGCAGUUCAUGUAAAUUGUAAUUCUCGUUAAGCAGAUGAGAUUUUUCUCGUGCGAAGGAAUUUUCUAUAACAUCCCGUAUAUCAAGAGUAAACCU